GGCCGAGGAGCAGCCGGUGACGCCCGCUCCUCCUCAAGCUCUCCGCAGCCCGAGACCCCCGGUCCCCCCAGCUGAAGGCCGCCCGGAAGGGGACCCCAGGCCGCGCAGUUGUAGGGGUCGCUCUCGGACAGCAGAGAACCUCCGCGCGCCGACUUCUCGCGAGGUUUCGGGCCCCCUCCACCCCCUCGCCCGCCCCCUUUUAGCUCCCGUGCGGGCAGCUCCCGCUAUGGCUGCGCUGAGGAGGCUCCUGUGGCCGCCGUCUCGGCUCCCGCCUUCGUCCUCGCCUCACCAUCCCUUCCCUGGGCCGUGGGGCGGCCUGCAGGGGUGGCCCCGGGCCCCCGGCCGGCCCUUCUCCUGCCGGGAGGAGGAGGAGGGGCUGUGGCUGAGGCGGCUUGGAGGCGGUCUGGUCGGCCUCGUGUGCUACCAGCUGUAUGGGGACCCCAGGGCCGACUCCGCGCGGCCGCCGGCCCCCGGGCGCCCCUCCGAGAGCGCAGCCGUGGAGCCGGAGGACCUGCUCCGCAGCCGAGGGCUGCUUCCCAUCCCGGUCGCGGCUGCCAAGGAGACGGUUGCUCUUGGCAGAACAGACACUGAAGACUUGGACCUCUAUGCUACAUCUCGGGAAAGGCGAUUUCGUUUAUUUGCUUCCAUAGAAUGUGAAGGGCAGUUAUUCAUGACUCCAUAUGACUUCAUUUUGGCUGUUACAACAGAUGAGCCCAAAUUUGCUAAAACAUGGAAGUCACUUUCCAAGCAGGAGUUGAAUCAAAUGCUCUCAGAAACACCACCAGUUUGGAAAGGAUCAUCAAAGCUAUUUCGAAACCUUAAAGAAAGAGGUGUGAUUUCUUACACAGAAUAUCUUUUUCUUUUAUGUAUUUUAACAAAACCACAUGCAGGUUUUAGAAUAGCUUUCAACAUGUUUGACACUGACGGCAAUGAGAUGGUGGAUAAAAAGGAGUUUUUGGUGCUUCAGGAGAUAUUCAGGAAAAAAAAUGAAAAGAGAGAAACUAAGGGAGAUGAAGAAAAGCGUGCAAUGCUGCGUCUUCAACUUUAUGGAUACCAUUCUCCUACUAAUAGUGUACUUAAAUCAGAUGUUGAGGAACUUGUCUCCAGAAGCUAUUGGGACACCCUGAGACGUAACACAAGCCAAGCACUCUUUUCAGACCUCGCAGAGCGUGCUGAUGACAUUACAAGUUUAGUCACAGAUACUACACUUCUUGUACACUUUUUUGGAAAGAAAGGAAAAGCUGAGCUCAACUUUGAAGAUUUUUAUAGGUUCAUGGAUAACCUCCAAACAGAAGUUCUAGAAAUAGAAUUCCUUUCCUACUCUAAUGGGAUGAAUACUAUCAGUGAAGAAGAUUUUGCUCAUAUUCUUUUACGAUAUACAAAUGUGGAAAAUACGUCAGUAUUUUUGGAAAAUGUGCGUUACAGUAUACCUGAAGAAAAGGGUAUUACCUUUGAUGAAUUCAGGUCAUUUUUCCAGUUUUUGAACAACCUAGAAGACUUUGCAAUAGCACUGAAUAUGUAUAAUUUUGCAAGUCGUUCUAUAGGACAAGAUGAAUUUAAGCGUGCUGUCUAUGUAGCCACUGGCCUCAAACUUUCACCACAUUUAGUGAACACAGUCUUCAAGAUUUUUGACGUUGACAAAGAUGAUCAAUUAAGUUAUAAAGAAUUUAUUGGAAUUAUGAAAGACAGACUCCACAGAGGAUUCCGGGGUUAUAAAACGGUUCAGAAGUAUCCCACUUUUAAAUCCUGUCUGAAGAAGGAACUGCAUAGCAGAUAAGCACUUCUAAAGCAAAGUUUAAAGGAUUAUUAUCUACUUGAAAAUGCAAGAAGCAAAAAUUUCAGAGAGCAGAAGCAGGUCUGAGAUCAGAACUUGCAGAAAUGAAGGAAAAUGUGAAACACUAAUUGUAAUUUUUUCUUGAACUGAAUUACUGAACAUAAGACCGAUAAGCUGCAUCUUCUUACUAACUGUAAAUGUUAAGUUUUAUCAUGUUGAGCUUUUGCCUUGAUUUACUGAACUCUCUGCACUUUUUCAUUCCCUUCAGAAGUACAUAGAUUCUUCCAGCGACUAUAUAAGAAUGUAUUUUUAAUUUUUUUAAAUUUAUUAGAAAGUUGUCUCAUUUCAAAAUAAUGUAUCAUUUCUGGAAUCUAGAUCACUUAAAAAUGAACAGCAACAUAUUUCCUUUGGUUUUGGACUGUGAACUUACUUUUAGAAAAUGAAUAUUCCUUGAGAUUUAUCUUAGGGCCCUUAGAAUUGUUAAUAAAUCUCCAUCAUUUACCAGGUCUUUAAUUACAUUGAAAUAAUUUUGAAACACAAGUAGAAAUCGAACUACUAUACAAUACAAUGGUUUAUAUUGUACUUUUAACUUUUGAAAGUCCUUAAUUAAUACAUAUUGUUGAAUCACGUAAAGUUCUUUUUUAAGUUUUUGUUCAUUUACCAAAGUCAACAGAAUGUCUAGUAUUCUUUUAUGUAUACAGUAAAGAAAUUUAAAAUGUAGAUUUCUUUUCCACAAAAAAGUCAUACAUUGAUUGUAGAAACAGUGGAAGUUUUUGUAGCAGUGGUCACUGUUAUUGUCAUUAUUGUUUUAAACAUGAUGCAGCUCCUGAUGGCAGAUGGUAUAUGUUAAUAACACUAGUAAAAAUAAUACCUUAGGCUCUGUAACUUAGCGCAUAUUUUUAGUACAUGUUGUAGUGUCAGAAUGAGAACUAUAAAAGACUAAUAUAAAAUGGUUUAGAAGACUGAUGUAUAUAUUAGAUAGAAGUUAAUAUUUUGUUUCUUGCAAAAGGACCACAUGCAAAAGUAAUGCAUAACAACCAGUAAUAAUGAAUAAUUUAAAUCUAAUUCAUUAUUUCAAAAUAGUAUAUCUUAAAAGAGAAAAGAAAAACUUUCUAUUGAAAAACAACAAAAUUAGAUUUUUACAUGGAGGAAACAAUUUGAUAGUAUUUAAUGGAAAUCUGUUCAAUUAGAAAAGUAUAGUUUAUAAAAGGAUACUAUACAAAAAUAGAACAAUGAAUUUAAGUUAACGUAUUUAUUUAUUGUAUGUGGAAGAUAAGUUUAUUUAUCUUCUUUUCUAAGAUGUAUUAAAUAUAAAUUGCACCUUCCAACACCUUGCUUUUACAUAUGAAAAGAGGAAAUACUGACUUUGUUUUUAUAAGUUAUUAAAUGUAAAAUUGGUAGUUCUGCAUCAGCCUAUUUAUAAAGUAAUGUUAUUUCCAAGAAAAUGUUGUUAGCAUUGACAGUGUAUUUGUUAGACUUUCUACAUUCUUUAUCUGAUAUUAUUUAUUACAUUGAUAUAGAAAUAUAUAUUCAUUAAUUUGAGGAUUUCAUACAGUAUAAUUUACUUUCGCCUGCUUUGAAGGUUGAUUUAAUUGAUUGACUAAAUAAUAACUACCCUCUCAUUUAACAUCCCCCAGCUCUAUUUUACCUUAUACUGAAUGCUCUCAAUAUUAUGUGCUAUCUAAAAUAAUUGAAAAAAUGCCACUUACUUUUAUUUUUGACUAUAAGCUAGAUUAUUUUGCAUACAUGGAAAAAUUGCUAUCUAGAACAGUCCUAUAAAUACAGAUUAAAAACUGAAUAAGCUCAUUGGCAUUCUUUAUAAUUCUGUCAUUCUCCCAAGGAAUACUACAUACGCAAUCUUUAUUGCUUAUCACAGUGAAUGGAUAUUCAUCAUUCAUCAUUAUAAGACUGCAGCAUAAUAUUAAAAUCUAAAUAGAUAAAAUAUUCUGAUCAAUUAAAAUGGAGUAGAGUAGUAAAUUAUAGUGAUUCUUCAUAUAUUACCACUCUUGAACUUUAUCACCUAUAAAAUGAGAGGUAAAAAUAUGUCACUGGAUUGUUGUUUACAUCAAUUAAAAAACUUUAAAUGCUCUGAAAAUAGUAAUGUACUAAAUUACAUGUAUGCUCUUCUCAGUAUUUCCUUCUACAGACUAUUCUUUGGAAAGAUGAAGCUACACAUAAAAUUUUAGUAUCAUACUCUUUACAGAAGACUAUAUGAUAAAAGGUUUGUGUAAUUAUCAGAAUCAUUUCAUAUUAAGAACUUCAUUUAACUUAAGUUCCAGUUUAUUGUUCUUAUGAAAUGUAAUUGUAAAGUGGCCUGUCUUACAUUCUUAUGUUAUCUUAAAAUAAAUAUAUCUGCUCUUGAAUCAAGAAA